AUGACCGUCGCGUCUAUGCUCACGCUCCUCCUCACGCACCCGUUCGAGUUCCGCAUCCUCCUCCAGUACAAGCUCUGGCACGAACCGAAACGCGACAUUUCACAACCCUCCGAACACGCAACCUCGGGAUGGGACCGGCCGUCGAUGCGCAAGUGCUGGGAGUUCCUCGACCUUACGAGCAGAAGUUUCUCGGGCGUCAUCAAAGAGCUGGAAGGCGAUUUGGCGCGAGUGGUCUGCCUCUUCUACCUCGUACUAAGAGGUCUCGACACGAUCGAAGACGACAUGACGCUUCCUGACGAGAAAAAACAACCCAUCCUCCGGCAAUUCCACAAGCUCUGUGUAACACCAGGAUGGACAUUUGACGAAUGCGGGCCAAAUGAAAAGGACCGCCAACUGCUGGUCGAGUGGACAGUCGUGUGCGAGGAGCUCAACCGUCUGGACUCACGGUAUUGCGACAUCAUUAUUGAUGUCACAGAAAAAAUGCAAACGGGCAUGGCCGACUACGCGCACAAAGCAGCCGUCACGGACUCCCUCUAUGUUGAGACUGUCGACGAGUACAACCUCUACUGCCACUACGUCGCUGGACUCGUCGGCGAAGGCCUUACCCGCUUUUGGUCCGCAGCUGGAGAGUCAGAUUGGCUCGGGGGCCAGCUCGAGCUCUCAAAUUCGAUGGGGCUCUUCCUUCAGAAGACGAACAUUAUCCGUGACUUCCGCGAGGAUGCCGAGGAACGCCGCUUCUUUUGGCCGCGCGAGAUCUGGGGGCGCGCGGAGUACGGCGCGGCGGCCGGCGGCCGCGCGCCGUUCCGCGAGAUGCAAGAGCUCUAUGCUCCCGGCGCGGAGAAGCAGGCGGCGUACGUGCAGACUGGGAUGGUUGUCGACGCACUCACCCACGCGUGCGACUCGCUCGACUACCUCCGCCUCCUCACCAAGCAGUCCGUCUUUUCGUUCUGCGCAAUCCCACAAACGAUGGCCAUGGCGACGCUCUCGCUCUGCUUCAUGAACCCCGACCUAUUCCACAAACACAUCAAGAUUCGCAAGGCGGAGGCAGCUUCGCUCAUCAUGCGGUCAACGAACCCCCGGGAUGUCGCCUACAUCUACCGCGAUUACUCGCGCCGAAUCCAUGCCCGCGCCUCCCCCUCUGACCCCGGCUUCCUCCAGCUCUCCGUCGCCUGUGGCAGGAUCGAAGUCUGGUGCGAACGCAACUACCCCUCCUUCCUCCGCCUUGGCUCCGUCUCCGGCGGCGCCCAACUGGACCCGCUCGAUACGCGCUCCAAGGUCGCCGAGGCCGCCGCCGCGCGCGACGCCGAGCUCGCGCGCGAGAAGCGCGGCGCCGACGGCGCGAGCACGGGCGAGAUGCUCAUGUACGUCGGCACCGCGUUCAUCCUCAUCCUCGGCCUCAGCAUCGGCGCCGCGUGGCUCAUGAUACACUUCUUCGACGGGAACUGA